CGCCAUUGUUUCCGGUUGUUGACAGUCGGUGGUCCCCCCGCUUCAGGAGAAAGUCCGGCCUCAGUUGUGAGCCUUGCUGUAUGUCAGUGGGACCUUCCUGUGUUGUUGAAGGAUGAGUGUGCCUGUCACUAGUUGAGCCAUGGCAGCAUUCACCACAGAGUACCAGCGACUGCAGUCCUCCUACACCGAUUCCCCACCCGGGGAGGAGGAUUUGCUAGUUCAUGUGGCUGAUGGGGGCAAAUCUCCAUGGCAUCACAUUGAAAACCUGGAUUUAUUUUUCUCCAGAGUCUAUCACUUGCAUCAGAAGAAUGGCUUCCUCUGUAUGCUGCUAUCCGAGAUGUUUGAAUUGGUGCAGUUUGUCUUUGUCGUGACUUUCACCACGUUCUUGGUCAGUUGUGUUGACUACGACAUCCUUUUCGCUAACAAGCUGGUGAACAAUACGCAUCGUGAAAGCCAGCUGAUCAAAGUGACACUGCCAGAUGCCUUUCUACCCCCAUGUGUCUGCACUGCUCAAAUCCGACAGAACGUGCUGAUCAUCUUCAUCUUGCUGAUUGCUGGCGUCUUUUGGGUUCAUCGGUUGGUGAAGUUCCUCUAUAACGUUUGCUGUUACUGGGAGAUUCGUGCAUUUUACAAGAAUGCUCUGAAGAUACCGAUGGCCCAGCUCCCGUACUGUAGCUGGCAAGAGGUGCAAGCACGGAUCAUCCACAUUCAGAAAGAACAUCAGAUCUGCAUCCACAAGAGGGAGCUGAGUGAACUAGAUAUCUACCAUCGGAUCCUGCGUUUCAAAAACUACACGGUGGCCAUGAUUAACAAAUCUCUGCUGCCAAUCCGUUUUCACGUUCCUAUCCUGGGCGAGGUGGUCUUCUACACCAGGGGUUUGAAAUAUAAUUUUGAGCUGAUCUUUCUGUGGGGUCCUGGCUCGCUGUUCCAGAAUGAAUGGAGUUUGAAGUCCGAGUAUAAACGAGCAGGCAAUCGCUUAGAGCUGGCACAGAAGCUCAGCACCCGGAUCCUGUGGAUUGGAAUCACCAACUUGCUCCUCUGCCCCAUUAUCCUGAUCUGGCAGAUUCUCUACGCCUUCUUCAGCUACACAGAGGUCAUUAAACGGGAACCUGGCAGCCUGGGCGCUCGGUGCUGGUCACUGUACGGACGGUGUUACCUCCGUCACUUCAAUGAGCUGGAUCAUGAGCUGCAGUCCAGGCUCAGCAAGGGCUAUAAGGCUGCUUCCAAAUACAUGAACUGCUUCCUGUCACCAUUGCUCAGCGUCCUAGCUAAAAAUGUGGCCUUCUUUGCUGGCUCUAUCCUGGCUGUGCUCAUCACUCUAACUGUGUAUGACGAAGAUGUUCUGGCUGUGGAACAUGUGCUGACCACAAUCACUCUGCUCGGUCUGUGUGUUACUGUGUGUAGAUGCUUUAUUCCAGACAAACACAUGGUGUUCUGCCCGGAGCAGUUACUCCGGGUCAUUCUGUCCCACAUCCACUACAUGCCUGAUCAUUGGCAAGGGGCAGCCAAUCGUUACGAGACCCGCGAUGAGUUCGCUCAGCUCUUCCAGUACAAAGCGGUCUUCAUCCUUGAGGAAUUGCUGAGCCCCAUCAUCACCCCCUUCAUCCUCAUCUUCUGCUUACGCCGCAAAUCCCUCGAGAUCAUUGAUUUCUUCCGUAACUUCACGGUGGAGGUUGUGGGUGUUGGGGAUACCUGCUCCUUUGCCCAGAUGGAUGUGCGCCAGCACGGACACCCUGCGUGGUUUUCGGGGGGUAAGACAGAGGCUUCCAUCUACCAGCAAGCUGAGGAUGGCAAAACCGAGCUCUCCCUCAUGCACUUUGCCAUCACAAACCCUCGGUGGCAGCCCCCUCAGGACAGUACUGCCUUCAUCAGCCAACUGAAGGAGAAGGUCAACCGAGAGAAGGGUGCGGUGAUCGGAAACCACAGCUUCCUUCCAGAAAACGGCCUCUUCGCAUCCUUGCAGUCCGUACAGUCGGAGUCUGAGCCUCACAGUCUGAUCACAAACCUGAUUGCGGGCCCCCCCUCCCUGGUGUUUCAGAGAGGACGAGAGGGACCAUUGGAUCCAGCUUCCUCACUGCGAUCAUUUUCUCCAGGACAGAAUGUUCCGGGUAGUCUCCACACCUCCCUGCUACGGAACAAGCCAGGACGACACACAGCUGGAUCCGGUGUCGAUAUGAAAAUGAUGAGUUCUGGGAGCAGUGCCUGGGAGGGACAGCUCCAGAGUAUGGUGCUUUCCGAAUAUGCUUCGACUGAGAUGAGUUUGCAUGCACUCUACAUGCACGAGCUUCACAAACAGCAAAUGCAGGGAGAACCAUCACGACACCUAUGGCACCGACAAGACAGCGAUGACAGCGGUGAGAGUGGUCUGGAGGAGGCUGAGCUGAGGAGACCAUCGCCAAUGACCAUCCCACGAUCCUCUACCUACCCCGUCACUGCCAGCAGAACAACGGAUCUCCGUGAGGAACCAGCCGGUCUCUUGCACACUAUCCACAGGAGAUAUGGAGGAAUUGACAGUUCUACUGAACCCCAAAGGCCAUUCUCCCAACAGCCCAUGGGGGGCUGGACAGAAAGCUCACCCCCUCAACAUGCUGAUCCUGUACCAGAGGAGGGAGUGGAGGAUGAACUGCCCCCACAAAUGCACCAGGUGUAGUUGAUCUGGAGUAUCUAACAGAUGAUGAAGAUGAUCCAAGAAUUGGGGGCUUUCAGGUGCUUCCUGCUGCUGCAUUGUCCAAUGCAUGGCCCACCGAUGUAUGUUUAACUUAAUUUAUUGCAAUGAAAUUGGUAUUUGUGCAUUUGGUGAUGAAGUAUGUCAAACUGCGCUGCAGAAUGUUCUGAAAAAUGUUGCCAUUUUUAAUAAAUCAUUGUGAAAAUCUUUGAAUAUUUAUUUUUAGUAAUCCCUCUGGUUUCCCAUCCAUCAGAAUCCUGAAUGAUGUUUUAAAUAGCCCAAAGUCUACUGCUUCCAUGACAGGGCCGGGACAGCGGCAGAGUUGGCCUGUCUCUGUCCGGGACAGCGGCAGAGUUGGCCUGUCUCUGUCCGGGACAGCGGCAGAGUUGGCCUGUCUCUGUCCGGGACAGCGGCAGAGUUGGCCUGUCUCUGUCCGGGACAGCGGCAGAGUUGGCCUGUCUCUGUCCGGGACAGCGGCAGAGUUGGCCUGUCUCUGUCCGGGACAGCGGCAGAGUUGGCCUGUCUCUGUCCGGGACAGCGGCAGAGUUGGCCUGUCUCUCUGGGCAACUCCUGAUGAAGCAACACCCAUCCAAGUCUGCAAUGCUAUUUCUGUUGUUAUUUGCCCGAAACGUUGAUUCUCCUGCUCCUCGGAUGCUGCCUGACCUGUGCUUUUCCAGCACCACUCUGAUCUAAACUCUGGUUUCUAGCAUCUGCAGUCCUCACUUCUGCCUCUCUGGGCAGAGAUGCAUUUUGAAGGUUAGAUGUUGUUUGCUCUCCUCUUAGUUGUUUGUUGACUCUCUUAUUUUCGAUUCUGUUCUGUCAAAGGGAUUUCUUGUUUGAUGGUCUGUAAAAGUCUGAGUAAACAGAGUGAGGAAUUGGCUUAUCCCAGUGUGGAGCAACAUUUUGUACACAGGGAAGCUCAUUGUUAUGGGAAUGUGAGGAUAGAGAACCAUUGAGCCCCUCGAGUCAGUUUUGCCAUUAACUGAGUUCUGAUUGAUCUGUCUCUCCAUAUCUCACAGACUAAUUUGAGAGUUUCCCCUGAUACCCAGGUCAAUGUUUAUCCCACAUGCAACAUCAGAUAAAACUGAUGAUCAGAUAAUUAUCCCAUUGCCAUUGGUGGCAGCUUGCUGUGUGUUCAUUGGCUGCUGCAUUUUAUUUCGUUAUAAUAAUGACUGCUUAUUUUCAAAACAAACCACACUCUAUUAGCUGUGAAACAUUUGGGGACCUCCAGUGAGCUUGAACAAAGCUUUGUACAGGUGCAGGUCUGAGGAAGAGUUCUGUGAGAGCUGCUGAGUUUCUCCAGCGUUCUGAUAACUUCAUAUUCAUGCAUGGAGCAAACACCCAUCCUAGCCUGCAUUGCUAUUUCUGUUGUUAUUUCCAUUUUAAGAGAGUGCAUUCCAGAUUUCCAUUCUGUCAUGUGUUGACCUGUUUCCUGACUUCACCCCCCCCACCCCUCACCAAAGACCCAGCUGUGGUUUUAAGGUUCAGCCCCUUGUUGUGGACUCCCUCUCCCUGUAAACCCCAGCCCCGUUUGACCCUAAGGCAAUCAAUCCUGUAAACUCUCCUGUAAUCGCCUUAAUGAGAUUACCCUAGAUGUAUUGUCACUAUACUAAUAAUCCAGAGACCCCAAUAACUUUGAGAACCUGGUUUUGAAUCCCACCUCAGCAGAUAUGAGUUCAAUAAAACUCUGGCAUUGAAAGCAUUGUUGAUUGUUGUAAAAACUUACCUGGUUCACUAAUGCCCUUCCGGGAAGGAAAUUCCUUCUUCAAAGACCGCAGUUUCCCCUCAGACGUGGUUAACGAUGCUCUUCACCUCAUCUCCUCCGCUCCCCACAUCUCCACCCUUGAACCCCGCCCCUCCAAUCGCCACCAGGACAGAAUCCCACUGGUCCUCACCUACCAUCCCACCAACCUCCAGAUACAUCUAUCAUCUUGCGUCAUUUCCGCCACCUCCAAGCAGACCCCACCACCAAGGAUAUAUUUCCCUCCCCUCCUCUAUCAGCGUUCUGGAGAGACCACUCCCUCGUGACUCCCUCAUCAGGCCCACACCCCCCACCAACCCAACCUCCACUCCCGGCACCUUCCCCUGCAACUGUAAGAAAUGUAAAACUUGCGCCCACACCUCCCCCCUCACUUCCCUCCAAGGCCCCAAGGGAUCCUUCCAUAUCCGUCACAAGUUCACAUGCACCUCCACACAUCAUUUACUGCAUCUGCUGCACCCGAUGUGGCCUCCUUUAUAUUGGGGAGACAGGUCGCCUACUUGCAGAACGUUUCAGAGAACACCUCUGGGACACCCGCACCAACCAACCCAACCACCCCAUGGCUGACCACUUUAACUCCCCCUCCCACUCCCACUCUGCCAAGGACAUGCAGGUCCUUGGCCUCCUCCAUCACCAGACCAUGGCAACACGACGCCUGGAGGAAGAGCGCCUCCUCUUCCGCCUAGGAACCCUCCAACCACAAGGGAUGAAUGCAGAUUUCUCCAGCCUUCUCAUUCCCUUCCCUCAGUCCCAACCUUUGGACUCAGCACCACCCUCUUGACCUGCAAUCUUCUUCCCGACCUCUCUGCCCCCACUCCCUCUACGGCCUAUCACCCUCACCCUAACCUCCUUCCACCUAUCACAUUCCCAAUGCCCCUUCCCAAGUCCCUCCUCCCUUCCUUUAUCUUAGCCUGCUUGGCACACCCUCCUCAUUUCUGAAGAAGGGCUUAUGCCCGAAACAUUGAUUCUCUUGUUCCUUUGAUGCUGCCUGACCUGCUGCGCUUUUCCAGCAACACAUUUUUCAGCUCUGAUCUCCAGCAUCUGCAGUCCUCACUUUCUCCUAGGGAAGGAAAUCUGCCAUCCUUAGCUGGUCUGGCCUACACAUGACUCCAGACCCACAGCGAUGUGUGUGACUCCUACCUGCCCUCUGAAAUGACUGAGGAAGCCACUAAGUUGUAUCAAUCACUAGAAAGGGAAAAAAGAAUGAAAUUGGACAAAUCACUUGGCAUUGACCUGGGCAUUGGAAACAGUAACAGCAGGAGCAGCCCUGUUGACCCUGCAAAUCCUUUUAGUAACAUCUGGGUGCCAACAUUAGGAGAGCUGUCUCUUAGACUAGUCAAACAAUAGCCUGACACAUUUAUACUCACAGAAUCAUACCUUACAGUGUCCCAGACAGCACCGUCACCAUCCCUGGAUAGACCCAGCCAAGGUUGCACGAUGCUGUAGAGUCGGGAGGGAUUUGCCGUGGGAUCUUCUACAUUGACUCGAGUACCACAAAGUCUCAUGGUAGCAAAUCAAACAUGGACAAGGAAACCACCUGCUGAUCAGGUACCAAUAAGAGCCCAUGGUAUUGGGGGUAAUGUAUUAGCGUGGAUAGAGAGUUAGCUAACUCUGGGAAAAUAGACCUGGGAUAAGAAGAACAUUUUCAGGAUGACAACUGUAAUUAGUGGAGUGCUGCGGGCACCACCAUUAUUUACAAUCAAUAUAUGACUUAGAUGGAUAUACUAUAGUCAAGUUUGUGUAUGAUAUAGAAAUAGGUGAGAAGGCAAGUGGUGAGGAUGGCAGAGUCUAUGAGGGAUAUAGACUGGUUACUUAAUGGGCAAAGACUUGGGAGAUGGAUUAGAAUGUGGAAAAGUGUGAGGGUAUGCAUUUCGGCAGGAAGAAUACAGGAGCCAAGUACCGUAUAUACAAAAAGUCGGGAGGAUUUGAAAAGAAACUAUACAAGGCCACGGUGAGACCCCAGCUGGAGUACUGCGAAGAGUUUUGGGGCUCCCUUAUCUGAGGAAAGACAGACUGCCAUUGGGGGCAGUCGAGAGAAGGUUUAUUCGGCUGAUCCCGGGGAUGGAGGGACUGUCUCAUGAGGAGAGGGUGAGUAGGUUGUGUCUGUACUCAUUGGAGCUUAGAAGAAAGAAGGGCGAUCUUAUUGAAAUACAGAAGAUUCUUUUGGAACUCGAUGGGAUAGAUAGCGAAGGGUUAUAUCCUUAUUGCAGGAGAGUCUAGGACCAGAGGGUAUCAUCUCAGAGUAAGAUUAAAUCCCAUUUACAACAGAGAUGAGGAGGGAUUUCUUCACUGAGGGGAGCGAAUCUAGAAUUCUUUACUACAGACGGCUAUCAAGGCUGGGUCACUAAUUAUAUUCGGGACUGAGGUAAACAGAUCUUUAAUCAGGAAGGGAAUUGAGGGUUAUGUGGAAAAGGCAGGAAGGAGAAAUUGAGGAUUGUCCGAUCAGCUAGGAUCCCAUUGAAUGUGGAGCAGACCCGAUGGGUUGAAUGGCCUCCAUCUGCUUCUCCAUCUUUAUUGUCUACUGACCUUAAAUACCUUCCUUUGUUUGUGUUGAUUGACGUGGUGUGUCCCUUCACCCCUUUCAGCCUCUCUCCCACCUUGUACAGCAAAACUCGAUCACCCCCACCAUGACUCAUGUCCCAGCUCCCAGCGUGACUCAUGCUCAUUCCCCCCCCCACCCCCGACCGCGACUCCCUUCUACCCCCCCCCCCCCACCGUGACUCAGCCCCCCCACCCCAUACUCUCAAGGAGGAGCUUUGUCCUGAAGCCCCGCCUCUCACUCCACUCAGGCCGGGUCAAAUGUCACGUCUCAUUCAGGGCAGGGUGGCCCCCACCCUGGGUAUUGCUCAGAUUGCUCCCCCCCCCACCCCCACCCCCACCCCCACACACUGCAGAGGGCUCGAUGCCGAUUCUGUUGUUGCCUUGCUCACCCUAAGAUCUCUCCUGCAUUACAUUUCAAUAAAACCCUUUGAUCCUGGCUUUACAAGUAACCUUUACCCUUCACCCACCACCUCAUUUCCUUCAAUCUCCAAACAUGAAGACAUGGUUUUGAUGACAUUACAGCUCAGAUCCAACUUUGUCAGUGAAUGUUAAAGCUCCCCAGCUUCUGUGUGAACAGCAGAGUGGGUUUACCUGGUGUCCCUUGUCCAGUAUUUCCCUUCUCGAUCAUUAGCACAGCUCAGUUUGCUGUUUGUGUAAUCCUGCUGUAUAUAAAAACUGCUGCAUGUCACCAUGUAAAUGGAGUGAGUAUUUUAGAACAAUUUAUUGUCUAUGAAUCGCUUUAAUGUUUCAGAGGAUGAUAGGGCCAUGUUUCAAUGUGAGUCACUCUUUGUUCUUAAUAUUGACUGAUUGUAAUGUUUUGUUUCUGUGCUUGGAAACCCCACCCUGCUGACAGUGAGUCUGCUCAUGGGGUCCAGGUAAUUUGCACUUUUUAAUAAUCUGUGUACAGACUGGUUUUGUAUAAAAUCUGUAUAUUGCACCUUUUUUAACAGAUGUAUAAGUCAUUGUUAAUAAAAUGUAUUAGUCACAA